AUGAUCGGUAGCGUAGGAGGACGGCACAUGUCGACCCGGCGGCGUGGUUCCUCGCCGAUGGUCCGACUCGGAGGGAGCACUCUGAUGGCACAACUGGAACCACCCGAUGGCCUAAACACACCGCGAAUAUCACCCCGCCGGCGGCGAGCGGUGACGACCAGUGACCACAAAAGCUGUGCUUUAAUACAAACAAGACUGAAACUAGGUGACAUCAUGUUGGCAGCGGCUCAAGAAGCGGCGCUUGCAGGUCAGGGCUCCAACGGGGGCCAAUUUGGUCGCAAAGGAGGCCAUUACUUAGCUGAUAAGAUGGGCGGCCCCAGUAGUCAAGGGGGCCAGCCCCCGUCCGGGGGUGGGCCCACUUCCCUGUUCAUCCUUUCCGAGGACAACAUCAUUAGGAAAUACACACGAUUCAUAAUAGAAUGGCCGCCCUUCGAGUACGCUGUACUGCUGACAAUCAUUGCCAACUGUGUGGUGUUGGCCCUCGAGGAGCAUCUUCCCCACGGCGACAAGACGCUGCUGGCCCAGAAGCUGGAGAAAACGGAGGCCUACUUCCUCGGCAUCUUUUGCGUGGAGGCCUCGCUGAAAAUCCUCGCCUUAGGGUUCGUCAUGCACAAACACUCCUACCUCAGGAACAUAUGGAACAUAAUGGAUUUUUUCGUCGUAGUUACGGGAUUCAUCACAUUAUUCCCGCAGGAGGGACCCGAAGUAGAUCUGCGAACGUUGAGGGCUAUCCGUGUGUUGCGGCCCUUGAAAUUAGUUUCUGGAAUUCCUAGUUUACAAGUAGUUUUAAAGUCUAUCAUCAAAGCCAUGGCGCCGUUGCUGCAAAUAGGAUUGUUAGUCUUGUUUGCCAUUGUUAUCUUCGCAAUCAUAGGCUUAGAGUUUUACUCGGGUGCUCUGCAUAGAAGUUGUUAUAGUUUAGAGGAUAUCUCACAAAUAGUCAAGGAGGGUGAGUUUCCGACGCCGUGUAAUGCGGACAACGACACGAUAGCACCGACCGGAGCGUACGUGUGCAACAGCAGCGAUAGUAUGUGCGUCGAACAGUGGGAGGGCCCUAACUUCGGGAUCACCAGCUUUGACAACAUUGGUUUCGCCAUGUUGACCGUGUUUCAGUGUAUCACGAUGGAAGGAUGGACCGCCAUCCUCUAUUGGACCAACGACGCCUUAGGAUCAACUUUCAACUGGAUCUACUUCGUGCCGCUGAUAGUGUUGGGAUCAUUUUUUAUGCUUAAUCUAGUUCUUGGUGUCCUCAGCGGUGAGUUUGCCAAAGAGCGAGAAAAGGUAGAGAAUAGGCAAGAAUUCCUAAAGCUUCGUAGACAGCAGCAGCUAGAGAAGGAGCUCAACGGCUACGUCGAGUGGAUCUGCAAAGCUGAGGAGGUGAUCCUGGCGGAGGAGAGAACCACCGAGGAAGAGAAAAUGCAUAUCAUGGAAGCUCGGAGACGUGCAGCGGCCAAGCGGAAAAAGCUCCGGAAUCUAGGGAAAUCCAAAUCAACCGACACCGAGGAGGAUGAUCCCGAUGAUGACUGUGGGGACGAUGUUUAUGUCACCAAACGUAAGAAAGGUUAUCUGAAGUCGAAGGUGAAAACGCAGGGAAAAUGCAUUGGGUUUUGGCGAGCGGAAAAGCGGUUCCGCUUUUGGAUCCGGCACACCGUCAAGACGCAGUGGUUCUACUGGUUCGUCAUCGUGCUGGUUUUCUUCAACACCGUGUGUGUGGCGGUGGAACAUUACGGCCAACCGAACUGGCUGACGCAGUUUCUUUACUACGCGGAAUAUGUGUUCCUAGGGUUGUUCAUGAUGGAGAUGUGGAUCAAGAUGUACGCUCUGGGGCCGCGGAUUUACUUCGAAUCGUCGUUCAACCGGUUCGACUGCGUCGUCAUCAGCGGAUCCAUCUUCGAGGUGGUGUGGUCCGAGGUGAAAGGUGGCUCUUUCGGUUUGUCCGUGCUGAGAGCCUUGCGGUUACUUAGAAUAUUUAAGGUUACAAAAUACUGGUCGUCACUGCGCAACUUAGUUAUAUCGUUACUCAACUCGAUGAGAUCCAUCAUUUCACUGUUGUUCCUGCUCUUCUUGUUCAUACUAAUCUUCGCACUACUAGGAAUGCAACUGUUCGGAGGACAGUUCAACCUGCCGGAUGGAACGCCGCCCACCAAUUUCAAUACGUUUCCAAUCGCACUGCUGACAGUGUUUCAGAUCCUAACCGGCGAGGACUGGAACGAGGUGAUGUAUCAGGGCAUCGAAUCGCAGGGAGGGCACAAGAAAGGAAUGAUCUACUCGCUGUAUUUUAUCAUUCUGGUACUGUUCGGUAACUACACACUGCUAAACGUAUUCUUGGCUAUCGCUGUCGACAAUUUGGCCAAUGCACAAGAACUAACCGCUGCCGAGGAAGAACAGAUGGAGGAGAACAAAGAGAAGCAACAGAUGGAGCUGGACAAAGAAAUGGGAGCACUGCAUUUGCAAACCGAUGGUUCGCCGCCCCGGGUUGAAGUUUCGUCGCCUUCUCCAACCCGGGGAAACGGAAGCAAGGCGAACAAGAAGGAGGAAAAUAAGGAAGAUGACGAGGACGACAUUCCGGAUGGGCCGAAGCCCAUGCUGCCGUACUCGUCGAUGUUCGUGCUCUCACCGACGAAUCCGAUACGCUGCGCUGCGCAUUGGGUCGUCAAUCUGCGAUAUUUUGAUUUUUUCAUCAUGGUCGUCAUCUCACUGUCAUCGAUCGCACUAGCCGCCGAGGAUCCCGUCGAGGAGGAUUCACCGCGCAAUAGAAUUCUUAAUUUUUUUGAUUAUGCCUUCACCGGAGUGUUCACGAUCGAAAUGUUACUCAAGAUUGUGGAUCUCGGUGUGAUUCUGCAUCCGGGAAGCUACUUACGAGAGUUCUGGAACAUCAUGGAUGCGGUGGUCGUCAUCUGCGCUGCCGUCAGCUUUGGAUUCGAUAUGACUGGAAGCAGCGCAGGUCAGAACCUGUCCACGAUAAAAUCGCUUCGGGUCCUACGAGUGUUACGACCACUGAAAACAAUCAAGCGAGUGCCAAAACUGAAAGCAGUAUUUGAUUGCGUCGUCAACUCACUCAAGAACGUGAUCAACAUCCUGAUCGUGUAUAUUUUGUUCCAGUUCAUCUUUGCCGUCAUUGCGGUGCAGUUGUUCAACGGAAAGUUCUUCUACUGCACCGAUGACAGCAAACAUACAAGUGAGGAGUGCAAGGGUUCCUUUUUUGUCUACGACGGUACCGAUCAACUGCCAAGAAGAGAGGUGCGGGAGUGGAAAACACAAAGCUUCCACUACGACAAUGUGGCCACUGCCAUGUUGACACUAUUUGCCGUACAAACAGGAGAAGGAUGGCCACAAGUAUUACAAAACUCAAUGGCUGCUACCUACGAAGACAAGGGUCCAAUUCAAAAUUUCCGAAUAGAAAUGUCCAUAUUCUACAUAGUAUAUUUCAUAGUGUUUCCAUUCUUCUUCGUUAACAUAUUCGUGGCCUUGAUUAUCAUUACCUUUCAAGAGCAAGGAGAAGCCGAACUACAGGACGGAGAGAUAGAUAAGAAUCAGAAAUCGUGCAUAGAUUUUACGAUAGGUGCUAGACCGUUAGAACGUUAUAUGCCAAACAAGCGGAAUAGUUUUAAAUACAAAGUGUGGCGCAUCGUUGUCUCCACGCCGUUCGAAUAUUUUAUAAUGAUGUUGAUCGUGUUCAAUACGUUACUGCUGAUGAUGAAGUUCCACGAAGCGCCACCGACACUGAUUGAUAUACUGAGCUUCAUGAAUUUGGUAUUCACAUUCUUCUUUUUACUGGAGACUAUUAUGAAACUGAUCGCAUUCGGAUGUAAGAAUUUUUUCAAAGAUCCUUGGAAUAUAUUCGAUUUUAUAACAGUUAUUGGAAGUAUUAUCGACGCAUUAGUUUUAGAAUUAGGAGAAAACUCAUUCAACGUUGGAUUUUUAAGACUGUUUCGUGCUGCACGAUUAAUCAAACUACUCCGACAAGGUUAUACAAUACGAAUAUUACUUUGGACAUUUGUUCAAUCAUUCAAAGCACUGCCAUAUGUCUGUUUGCUGAUUGCCAUGCUAUUUUUUAUCUACGCAAUUAUUGGCAUGCAGGUGUUUGGAAAUAUUGAACUAGAGCCUGAAUCAGCUAUCACUAGACACAACAACUUCCGUUCCUUUGUCCAAGGACUGAUGCUACUGUUCAGAUGUGCAACGGGCGAGUCGUGGCCGAACAUUAUGCUGGCAUGUCUCAAAGGGAGACCCUGUGACCCGAGAGCAGGCAAAUCGAACGAAACCUGUGGAUCGACGCUGGCCUAUGCGUACUUCGUGUCGUUUAUCUUCUUCUGUUCGUUUCUCAUGUUGAAUUUAUUCGUUGCUGUCAUCAUGGACAAUUUUGACUAUCUGACACGUGAUUCCAGUAUACUCGGUGCUCAUCAUCUGGAUGAAUUUGUACGGAUAUGGGCCGAAUACGAUCCAAAUGCUACGGGUAAAAUACAUUAUACAGAAAUGUAUGAUAUGUUGAAAAACAUGGAUCCUCCUUUGGGAUUUGGUAACAAAUGUCCCAACCGACUCGCCUACAAAAAGCUCAUACGAAUGAACAUGCCACUGGACGCCGAGGGCAAGGUCGGCUUCACGACGACCCUGUUCGCGCUGAUCCGGGAAAACCUCAACAUAAAAAUGAGAACUGCCGAGGAAAUGGACCAAGCGGACCAGGAACUGCGUCAAACGAUCAGCCACAUUUGGCCGCUGCAGGCGAAAAAGCUGCUGGACCUGCUGGUGCCACGGAAGGACGAACUGAACACGGGCAAGCUGACGGUGGGCAAAAUUUACGCCGGGUUGCUCAUUCUGGAGUCCUGGCGAAACACAAAGUUCGGCCAGAUCGAGUCGGACCUGCCGGAGCUACAGGAUGUCUCCCGGCAGCCAUCGCUGGAAUCGUUGACCGGUGGAGACGGUCAUCUGCAUCCCGGGCAUGCAUACCACAACGGUCACCGUAGAUCUCCGAGCUUGAGGAGGGAGUCACCCCUGGUGAGAACUCCCAGCCCUCGGCGGAGGCAUCACGACCUCGGGUUUUCCGAUACCGUCUCGAACGUGGUCGAAAUCCAGAAGGAAGAGCACAAACGCGGUAGGCAUCAUUUCGGCUACGCUCACAGGCACAAUCGAGGUUCCUGGUCAGCAUCAACCAGCCCCGCCCGUUCGCCAUCACCUAGUCGUUUCGAUGUACAUAGUAGUGCCCAGCAUCGAAGUAGAAAAGAUCGUUCCAAAAACCACCCGGCCCACCAAACGUACGACACGACGAUUCUCUGCGAGCGAUCUCGAUCGCCAAGCCCUGCCAGUUUGCUACAAGAGUUGCGGGAUCGUGAUCCCGCGCGGCGGAAGUAUAGGAAUGGAAUGGGUCCACCUGGGCACGUGCAGCAUAGCUAUCCGGUGCUGGUUGCUCGCCGUCAAGGUCAGGGUCGAAGGCUACCGCCGACUCCAUGUAAACCAUCGACUCUUCAACUCAAGCAGACCAACAUCAACUUCCCUAAGCUGAAUGCCAGCCCAACUCACACGCUGCAUUCGACCCACACGACACCGCACAGCAUUCACUCGCUUCCUCCGAGCAGGGACUUCCUGCGUGAGCGAGACCGGGAGCGGGACCGUGAACGGGAACGAGAUCUGUACUACAGGGAGCGGGAUCGGGAGCGAGAUCGGGAACGCUACCGCAACAGCCGCGAACGGGAAGCGCGGGACUAUGGUCCGCUGCAUUAUGAGUUCCGCGAUCGGGAGCGGGAACUGUACGAGCGCGAGAUCGAGCGAGAGUUUGAACGGGAAUAUGAACGCAUGGAACACCACGUGCCUCUCUCGUAUGAGCAGGCGCUGGCAAUGGGCCGAACCGGUGGCCGCGUUCUUCCAUCACCGAUACUGAACGGCUAUAAGCCAAAAGGUGGCCUUCACUCAUCCCGGCAUUCGGAUUCAGACGACGAGGACUGGUGCUAGCAUAGGGUGAGACGGCGGCAGUGCGAACGGAAACGCCGGGAACAGAUCUGGGUGUAGCGAAAGUGAGAUGCUAGCUUUUUGGAAGCUUCGUGGAAAAAGCUGCGUAGAUUGGAAGAAGCUGCGCAGUCAGCAAUAGCUUUACAACCCACCUGAUUCGAGAGCGACAUCGGUAGAUCUACUCCUAUCCCAGCAGAAAUGAUAAACAUUCGUUGCAAUAUCGAAACGCACCGGCACAUCCACGGGUUCACGGCGAUUCACGCGAAGUGAUGUGAUGUCUACAAGCGGACAGUAGUAUAGUCAUCGGUAGUUGGUAGUGAUUGCGAAAUUCCUCUCCUACAGUUUUCUUUCCAAUGUACGGCCUUAGUUAGCGCGCGAUUUAGAGAUAUUAAUCAACCGAUACACCUUUCGCAAAAGGUACCGCCAUCAAACCGAAUUCUAGUUAAUCGUUAUUCAAUUUCAAAUGAACAAACAGAACCUGCCUUCAAAGCCACAAAUGAGAACAAAAGUAGAUCAGCUGAAGCGAUGAGAAUCUUCGUACGACUGUAAAUAUAUGUAUCUAAAAGACAAACGUAAUAUGAGGACCCUCUUUCGAGUAUUCAGUUGCC